CUUCGCGAAGGAGUUCAUGUCUCUUCAUUGGAUGGCGGCAUCCAAACCCAGCUGGGUGAGCUCUUGGGCUUGUCUGGGAAAACUUACGACUCCGUGAGAAAACACCGUAUCUUACGAAGUCUCUCCUUCGAGACAAUGCAUCGACGGAUAGACCAAGUCCACUCAGCACAUGCCGGAACUUUUGAUUGGAUCUUACGGGAGGGCUCGUUCGUGGACUGGCUAUCCCAUGGCCGUGGUGUUUUUCACAUCGCAGGCAAGCCGGGAUCCGGCAAGUCGACCCUGAUGAGGUUCCUUUGCUAUGAUCCUCGCACAGAAGAGCGCCUCGAGCAAUGGGCGGCCGGUAGCCGUGUCGUGCGUGCGAACUAUUUCUUCUGGAGACACGGCGAAAGCGAUCUGCAGAGGAACCUCGAAGGCUUAUUUCGAGGCCUGCUCCACGACUCGCUCUCUCAAUGCCCUGAUCUCAUUCCAGACGUCCUUCCAGAGCUUUGGGAAGCGUCCAAAUCUUCAGCAACACCAUGGCUGACUGACAGUAGCCUGAAGCUGCAGAAAGAUCAGAUUCGUGAUGCAUUCUACAAAAUGAUCAACAACAGAGACCUGUACUGCGAUCACAGCUUCUGCUUCUUCAUUGACGGUCUUGAUGAGUACAAGGAAACCACGCGAGAGGACUACGGAGACCUAGUCAAGCUUCUUUUUGAAUGGGUCGACCUCGCUCCGCAAGACGUCAAGCUAUGCGUAUCCAGUCGGGAACUCAAUAUCUUUGAGACUGGACGCUUCAAUCUUGACCCCAAAUUGAAACUGAGGCUUCAUCAAUUGACAAAAGAAGACAUCGAAACUCUUGUUAGAGAUCGACUUGCAGAACUAUUCCCUUCAACCGAGGAGAAGGAAAAGUCGCUAGAUUUGUCACCCUUAAAGCGGGCAGUUAUCGAACGAGCUGACGGUGUCUUCCUCUGGGUGGCGUUGGUCCUAAAAUCACUUCGAGAAGGAUGGGCAGAUGGC